GGUCAGCGCCCCGUGCUCCAGCAGACAUGACUGCUGGGGCUGCCCUCGGAGGCCACAGCAAAGGGGCAGCUGCAGAGCGGCUGUUUCUGGAGGCAGCACUGCGCUGGGACACAUCUGAAAAGCUUCCCGAGUGAAGCCGGAACCUUCCUGUGCUGUUUCUCUUCCCUAGUCUUUAUCAGUGGUUUGCGUUGUCUUUUGUUGUUGGUCUGUUUGGCUGUUUUCUUUUAAUAAGUAACGUUUUGAAACCCCCGCAGGCCAUGCAGGCCCCACGAGCCAGGGCCUGCUGCCACCCCCUGAACCUGACUUGGGUUUUGGUGCCAGCCCUUUGUGCUGCGAGCCACCUAGGCUACAAGUUGAACUCAGCAGCAUCAGCACUACACAAAAGCAGCUGCAACAACCAGCUGCCUAACGCCAGCCUUCGGGAGUCCCGCUAAAGGCAAACACAUAUCUGCAUCAUUGAUCCCAUAACAGGAGGGAAACACCAAGGAGUUGUCCUGAAUCCAGUGUUUCUAAACCCGAAUUACUGCUAGCUGCUGCACCACCCCCAGGAGGCCCAUCGCAGCAGGAUACGGUGCUCUGAUCCAUUGCCCGGGCAGGGGGAAUUGUGGAGGAAGAUAAACUCUCCACCUCCCACCCAGCAGGGCCGGGAGCAGGGCAGCCCGCUGGCUGCCUUGCUGGGCAGGGUGCGUGUGCUGCACACCCUGGGCGAGUGGCCCCCGCUCUGUGCCCAGCGGCUCCCUUCCGGGACCUUCCGACAGCAGCCCAAGCCCCGGUGCUGCAGGGGCCGAGCCGGUUCCAGCGGGAUUGUGCAAACGCAAACCCCGGCGUUUCUCCGUGAGACAGACCCGGUCCAAAUCUCCACGGCGCACUUUGCACCCUGAUUGCUGUGACCUCAUCCUGGCUCCCCCCGCAGUGUUUAAAGUCCAGGGCAGAGGGGCGCUCACCUGCCUCCCACGCAGCACAGCUCGCCCUGCUCCUCCUGGCCCGCACAAAGGCUCCGGGGCCUGGAUCCGGGCUGCAGGAUGCGGCUGCUUUUUGAGGCAGCGGUUCUGUGCCUGACCCUGGGCUUGGGACACGGCACCGAGGACACGACGCAGGAGAACGCCGCCCACCAAACCUCCUCCACGGAGUCGUACUUUCCAGAAUGGGGCAUUGGGGCCAUCCGGGACAGCUUUGAAACAGUUAACAGCUACUUUGACUCCUUCUUGGAACUGCUUGGGGGGAAAAAUGGCGUUUGUCAGUACAGAUGUCGAUAUGGGAAGGCUCCAAUGCCGCGACCUCACUACAAGCCCCAAGAACCGAACGGCUGCAGCUCCUAUUUUCUGGGGCUCAAGGUACCCCAAAGUCUAGAUUUGGGCAUCCCUGCCAUGACCAAGUGCUGCAACCAGCUGGACGUUUGUUACGACACCUGCGGGGCCAACAAGUACCGCUGCGAUGCCAAGUUCCGCUGGUGCCUCCACUCCAUCUGCUCCGACCUCAAGCGCAGCCUGGGGUUCGUCUCCAAGGUGGAAGCUUGUGAAUCCGUCGCAGACACGGUGUUCAAUGCCGUCUGGACCCUGGGCUGCCGGCCCUUCAUGAACAGCCAAAGGAGCGCCUGCAUUUGCAGUGAGGAAGAACGAGAUGAACUGUGAGGAAGAGCAGAUCCCCUGGCCUCCACCAGCCUGCUGCCAACCGUCCCCUCUCCGCACAGCGCCUUCUAUCAGCCCUCGGGCCAGGGGGACCUGGGCCGAGCAACAUGCAUCGGCUACGGCUUUCGGGCAGGAGGCUGACACGGAGGAGGCAGCCUGUGGAAACGGGGCAGCGAUGCCUGCUGUCCAGCGCAGCUGCAGGUCAACAGCCCUGUCCCUUUCCAAGUCCAUCAGCCUGAAUGACCUGAUGCCAAUUUUCUCCACAGACUGAUCAGGAAAGGCAAGCAGGAUGCAGUGAUGGUUGUAAACAAGGGGAUCACUUGUUUGCCUUAGACACGAUUGUAUUAGCAUCCCCUGCCCCUUACCUUUCUAAAUUGCAGUGCGAAGCAUGAGGCUUCUGCAGCCCCGCAAAGUCCCAGCCUGUGGCCACACGAUUCAUGUUUUCCCACUUCUGGUGACUGAAGGAGAGGGGUGAUUUGCUCUCGGUAUGUUGCUCACAUCCAUCCCUGACAUUCUCCACCCUAUCGUUACACACCCUGACAACCCUGCUUAUUUAAAUACUUGGUGGAUCCUAAAACAAUUUAAAAUAUUCAGGGAUUUGGUAAGAAUGAGAAGGACUUGCUGUGUUUGUGACACCGACACGUUUUGUUUGCAGUAAUACUCAGUGUCUCUUACACACCCACAGCACUCUCCCCGUCUCAAGAGAGGAAGCUGCUUUUCUUUGUCUAUGCCACCCAGACCGCAUCUGUUUAAUUAUUUUCUUCCCGUAUCAUUUAACAAAGCUAUUCCCUUCAGAUCCCUUUUUCACACAAAAUGGCUGGGUAUCCACCUCCAUCUUCUGCACAAAGGCAACAGGAGGCUCACAGUUGUCUUGGAUGAGCUUUUCAAAAUCCUGGAGGCUUAUCUGUCAGAUGGCAGGGCUUAUUGCUACCUCGGUGGGGCAGAGACUGCCAGCUGAAGAGCGAUCGGCAGUUUCAGACAGCACCCUUUUUAAAACGUGGUUAAUACUUCCAUCUGCUAUCAGGAGCUUUUAUUGCGUGUAAAAUUAGAAUUUAAAGUGGUAUAUGGAAUUUCAUCUACAUGCAACAUGUGCAGACAGCUUUCAUCUGUGUUUCUUGUUGAAAGGAAGUUGCUAUCGGGUGCGCGUGCCGUGCCACAUAAAUACUGCAGUGUCUUCUGCAAACACAUUUAUGGUUAUGUUCUUCCAUCUGUCACAGAAAAGUUAAGGCUACAGAAGGGUAAUUUAACAAGGAUGGAAAGAGUCUGUUUUAGUUACCUUUCUUCUAGUUUGUGUUUAAAUGGAUGCACGGAGCUAUAAAUUAUUUCAGCCCUGUUCUUGCCAGUCAUCUUUGCUUUACUGCUAACAGGGACUGCAACAACGAGACCCAACGGUAUGAAAACAGGGAACCACAAAUGAUUGCAGGAGGUGCACUGGGAUGUUUUCCAUUAAGGAGGGCCUGAAUUUACACUCACCAGGUGUAAUGGCCUCCUUUCCUAGCCGUGUUAAUGCCACUGGAGAGUGAGGACUGUGCUGCCAAGCUUCAUCGCAGUGUGUGGCUAUCAGAGCACGAGACUGGACACUGAUUAUUCAUCUAAGAAAUACAUAUUUUUGUCGAGGGAUGGGAAGGAAACAUUCCUGAUUCCAGACACUUCCCAACCUUUGCCUUCCGUUGGUGAAAUUGCGCCUGUUGUCGGUUCUAAAUGGGAGCACACACUUAUGAUUAAAUGACACAAUUUUAAAAACGUA